AUGGCCGAUCCGUUGUCAAUUGCCGCCAGCAUCGCUGGUGUCAUCACCCUGGCAGAUGUUGUGUUCUUGAGAACAAAGAAGUACCUCCAGUCUGCAAGAAACGCCGACAAGGAAGUGCAUGAGCUUUCCAUGGAAGUCCUCCUGCUCGGUGGUGCUCUGCAUAGUCUGUCCAGGUUGGCACAGGCCCUUGACACGGAUGGGCUCAAGGACCAGCAUGUUGACAAUCUCCGGAUGUACCACAUCGCGGCGUGCCACGCCACCCUCGACGAGAUUGCGAAGAAAUUGAAGAAGCUCGAAGACAGUUCAACGAAGAGGAAGCUCGUCUGGCCGUUCGCAUCGGAUCGUACCAAAACACUACUUAAUGAAGUGUCCCGUCAUAAGGAGAACGUCAACCUCGCUCUCACGGCAGAUUCCAUGGGAAAACUUCUGCAGAUUCUAUCAAAGACCGAAACAGUAAUUGAGAACACUGAACAAAUUCUUGAGGAAGCAAAGAAGACUCGGGAAAUAGUCAACCGGAUUCACCAGGACUCGGCGCGGAAGAAGAUUCUCGAUUACUUCCUCACUUACAAUCCACAGCAGAAUUACGAAAUGAGUCUGUCCCUCCGAUAUCCAAGGACCGGUCUUUGGCUCACGCGCAAGCCUGAAUUCCAGACGUGGCUGGCCUCCCCUGAUUCAGCACUCUGGCUGAGCGGCAUCCCCGGGGCUGGCAAGACGGUUCUUGCUGGGACGAUAAUUGAAGAGGCGCUCAAGAAGACUUCCGAAGACGUUGCGACGGCGUUCUACUUCUGCGACUACAAAAAUAUCACAACGCAGACAACCGAGAACAUUUUGUCUGCUCUCGCCUCGCAGCUUGCGAUUCAGAAAGAAGUGGCAUAUGACCAACUCGAACGCUACUAUCGAGUGCUGCACCCUGACAGAGCUCUUGAGAGGCGGCCAGAUAUUUCGGGCCUGCAGAGGAUCUUGAACGACAUGGUCAAAUCCUUUGAUCAUAUUUAUUUGAUCAUCGACGGCCUCGAUGAAUGUGGUGAUAAUACCAACAAUGUCGUCGACAGCAUUCUUGAUAUCAUAGGGUAUUCUGAUAACAUAUCCACUGCGUUGCUGAGCAGAGACGAGCACAAUAUCAGAGAUCGACUGGAGGAGGACUUCACGGGAGUGGAAAUCGCAGCCCAUACCGAAGAUAUCACUGAGUAUGUCACUUCUGAGAUCGAAAAGCGGAUCUCGAACAAGAGCUUGCGCAUCGACGAUUUGAGCUUGAAGGGUGAGAUACUGGAGCGUCUGAUCGAUGGUGCCAAGGGGAUGUUUCGCUGGGUCGCUUGCCAGUUGGAUUCUCUUGGCGAUUGUAUUUCGGACAAAGAAUGCCGAGAAGCUCUUGAUCAACUGCCUCCAGGCCUGAACGACUCUUACCUACGAAUCUUACAGCGUGUACCAAAGGGCAAACAACGACUAACGCAGAUGAUGCUCAACUUCAUCGCGUAUGCCAAACCCCGCUUGGGGACUGCCCUCCUUAGGGAAGCGCUUUCAGUCCCAGAAACGGUUAGCAGGCACGAUAAUUUGGAUUCUCUUUCCAUUGUCCGGGAGGACUCCAUCACGAGGCUGUGCCGGUCGUUGGUUCGUAAAUCUAACGACGGCCGCUACUACGAGUUCGCUCACUUCUCUGUCCUUGAAUACCUAGAGGGCGAGAUGGAGUCGGUGCCGGAGAUGGAUGUUUUCCGAGUCUCAAAAAGCACUUGUGAAUCUUUGCUGGCAAAGCAAUGCCUGAAGUUCCUCCUCUACAGAGACUUUUCUUCACUUGCCAAAGAAGAAGACGAGCUGUUGGAUCAAAUUGAGGCUAGGGACAAGCAGCAUCCAUUCUAUGCGUAUGCUGCGUAUAAUUGGCCUAUUUUUGCUAGACAUCAUUGGAUGGAUCAGAGUUUGGUCAAAACGGCUGAGCCUCUUUUCCAGCCAACGAAGUCUGAAAACUUUACAUCAUGGGCUCUUAAGCUGACAAGCUCUAUCUCUCAUCGUGUCGAUCGUAUCAGCAUCUUAGGCCAGGAUGAUCCUUCAAGCUCGGAUGAUGUCUGGGAUCUUGGCAGAUUUGAAUUCCCAGGACCACUUCGAAAUGAGAGCAUCUUGAGGUUACACUCUCAGUUAGUGGACGGUAACUUCACGGCCUUACAUCUGGCGGCGGCAUUGUCGCUCCCGGUCAUCUGUUCAUGCCUUGUUGAGAACGGGAUGAGCCUAAAUCAACGAAGCUGCUUCGGCACUCCGCUACAAUGUGCAUUGCAAGGUUUAUUACUAGUGAUUCACGAGGACGAUGUUCUGAAAUACGAAUACUUACAUCCGUAUGUAUAUGAGUAUCGGUGCUACGGCCUAACAAACUCGUCUCAGUUUGGCAGAGAAAACACUGUCAGAUCGCUCUUGAAAGCGGGUGCAACUCAGCUCGAUGCCUGCUCGAGCCCUUUCGCAGGCCAGACCUUAAUCACUGUCGCAUUGAGAGUGGCGGACUAUGUGGAUGAUCUGGGUGCUGCAGUUGCCCUUUUAGAGGCUGGCGUCGAUGUGGAAGAAGAAGAUUUGAGCCAAUUGGCCGAUCUCAGGGAAGUUAUAUUGGAUGACAACGAUCAUGAAGGGACAGAUCGCUACGAUUCACGUCUUGAAACACUGAUUAUCUGCCUGGGCCCGAUGAUAGAUCAAUCCAUUGGUCAUUUCCGACUAUGUCAAGCAGCAUGGUCGCUCGCUAUUGAGUUGGGCUGCGAGUUCGCCAAAAACUCCUUUGUUGUUGACACGAGAAUAUCCAUGUCGCAGGACUCUCUUUCCAGAACAAUUUUUACAUCGAUACGAGAUGCCAAUAUUGGAAUACUCACUGAAGUGCUGAAAGACCCGAGGGCCGAUAUUGAAGGUCUGAAUGACAGCAAAAACAAGAGCGCUUUCGAUCACGCCCUGGAGCUAUUGAAGCUCCGUUUUCCCGAUGGUCUAGCUGUGGUCAAGGUGCUACUUUCUUCUGGAAUGAACGUCCACCGAUCAAAUCAUGAAGGCCUCCUGCCAAUUCACGACUUGGCUAAAUGCAAUCCGACUGAGCCCGAUAUAUGCUAUGAUGCCCUCUGUGAGAUUGUCGGCGAGUUUGUGCGCAAAGGAACAGGUUGCAAUGUACGAUCUCAAGCGAAGGACAACAUCUUGCAUCUUGGCUUGCAUUUCCCAAAUUUCAUUCGGGCAGUGUUGGAAGUAGAAACAGAAGGAAACAUUGUGCAGGCGCUGAGGACCAGGGAUGAAGGAGGGUAUACACCUAUUUCACUCGCUCUUCGAGAGGGUUGGGAAGAGGCGGCCCUGCUACUCUUACGAACCGGCAAAUGCGACCCCGAGUCUUUGGGAUGUCCUACUUCUGUUCGUGCCCUUUGUGUGUCACGGGGCACACAGCGAGCAUUCAACAUGUUAUUGGACGCGGGAAUCGGAUCGGGUACUAACGAUGCCAGCAACGCAUCCCUUUUGCAUCAUGCUGGGCCAAAAACAAGUAAAGAGUUCGUCCUUCAAUUGAUCCGCAUGUUUCCCAGUGGUUUGCGGUCCUCCAUUGACGGCAAGCUUCCGUUGGACACCUAUCUCGAGAGCUGCAUCAAUUUUGAGAGUCCUGAGCUUGAUCCUGAUGUGGUCCAUUUGUUAACCGUAUUCGGAUCGGACGAGCUCAACCAGCGGGAAAAGAAAGGUGUGUGGGAAAACUUCACACGGUGCGUCUCAAUUAUGAGGCACGCAGAUGUGGAGAAGUCAAGAACCCUGAGGGGAACAUUGGGUGAACUUCGAGGGGAGAUUGCCUCGCGCGCGAUUUCUUGCCUUUCGCAUCUCGGAUUCAUCCAGUCCUACGAGGCAGCCGCACAUGUUCCAGGGAUACUGUCCUUGUUGAAACCUUUACGUGAUGAUCUUGACAAUUUAUGGCCUAUUUCAAGCGACACUCUCUUGGAGAUACUGGAACAGAUGAACUCCUGGGAAUCUGUCCGCGAGUCUGCUGCAAUCCUGGGGCUCUUGAAAGCAGCCGUCAACGAUCAUCAUGUGAAACUGGCUGAGCUGUUGCUCGAGAAUGGCGUCAGCAUGCAUCAGCGCAUUAAUAAAACGUCCGCUCUGGAAGUGGCCUGUUUCAAGCCCGCGGAGAGCUUCGAUGCUAAGCAUAUAUUCAAACUCCUUCUGCAAUAUGCGAAUGAAUCGCUUUUGGACGAAAUCAACCCGUACCAAGGCGGUGGAAAGGGUCUGAUACACUACUUGUCUGACUCUGAGAAGCAAUGGCAACUCGAGGAACUCCUCAAGCGCGGUGUCGACGUUGAUGUUUGUACUAGCAUUGGUGUUGGUGCUCAGUCCGCCGUCGUCCUGCACUUAUCCGAAGGAUCUACAGAAACAGCGAUGACACUCCUAAAAAUAGGAGCUGAUCCAACAAUCACAGAUAAUGAUGGCAUCGAUGCUGCCUUGGAAGCUGCAUUUCAAGGUAACGUGGCUUUCCUCCAUCAUCUACACACAGCCAAAGGCCAAGACUGGCAACUGAAUUGGCGGCGAACCUGCUCCCCGGUUCUCAUUACCAUCAAUGGUGCGGAUUUCUCGGUGUCUGAAAUCAAUGCUCUACAUUUGGCAGCGUGGAAUGGUCAUUGUGAUGUCCUUAGGUUCUACGUCAAUAAAGGACUUCUGGUGGACCUCGAUUCCGUGUCUGCCGAGCUUCUCACUCCGAUGCAUUUAGCAGCAGUAAAUGGGGAAGCCGACGCGAUCAAAUGCCUCCAUUCCCGAGGUGCGAGUCUCAACCUGAAGGAUGCUGGCGGUUGUUUGCCGCUUCAUUUCGCUGUGCAAAAUGACCAUAUAGAGGUGGUCAAAUUUCUUGUCGAGCACGGGAGCGUCAUGGACAAUGAUGUCUACGGCAUGAGCCCCGUGGAUUAUGCUAUAGACCUACAACGUGAACCGAUUCUUGAUUGUCUCCGCACGACACAACAAUAUUUAGCCUACCGAUCCGAGCCACGACAGUACGCCAGAGACUCGGCUCGUUCAUACGAGCAAGCCUUGAUCCGAGGUAAUAUCGAGCAAUGCGAGACACUACGCAGCCAGGGCUGUCCCAUCAACGUUGACUUGCCGCGUCAAAAUGGCCGCUCGGCCCUGUUGUUGGCUAUUGAGGACUCGAACGAGAAGCUCAUCAAGUGGCUCCUGGCACACAAUGCAAAGGCCACCGGAAAAGUUUCCAUUGCGAACAGAGGGUGUAUCUCACCCCUUCAGGCCAUGAUCAUGCGAUCGUCACUGAAUAAUUCACUGCCCCUCCUGCUGCACAGGUACCAAAGUGAAGGCGCCUCAGUCACUGCCCAUGUGCCAAGCCUAAUCUGCAUCGCGAUUGCCAAUAAGAACAAUCGCGGACUCGAACUCCUCUUGGACCAUAUUGCAAAGUUUGAAACUACAAAGCCCUCCGAGAGUAUUGAGGACUCAUAUUUUGACAGGUCAGCGGUCAACCAACACAGACUUGGUGGAGGAGCACCUCUGCACUUUGCGGCUCGCGAUGGCAACUGCGAGGCCGUAAAACUACUACUUGACCAUGGUGCGGAUAUAGAUAUCUUGGACCAUCAACAAUUGACACCUCUGCAGAUAGCCAUCGCAUCAGAGCCGUCAAACAAUUCGCCAAUGUCAAUGCUAUUAGUUCGUCAUGGUGCAGCAUUGGAGCAUCGAGAUUACCGUGGUCGCACGGCUGUCAUGUAUGCAUCGGAGAAAGGAAAACUUGAUUUGAUUCGCUUGAUGGCAGAUGCUGGAGCUGACUUAAAGGUCGUGGACUACCGUUCGUGGAGCGCUCUCCAAUUGGCAGCUUCCUUAGGUCACAAAGAGACCUUCGCAUGGCUUCUCAGUCGUGGCCUUGACGUUCACGCGAAGAAUUCGAUCGGCUGGUCCGCAGCACGAUACGCAAUGUUUUGUGUCUAUUCAACUUCAUAUAUUUUGAACUUCGGUUCUGUGAUCGACGACAUUGAACCGGUCACAUAUGGGUUUGCCCCAGACAACACAGCUUAUGUUCCUCGAUGGCUCCGUCAACACUUCAACAUGUAUCUCCGGCGACUCGGACUACAAAGGGUACGUGUCUUGGCCAAUCUCGAGCCUCAAGAUUCCUGGAGCCCUUUGUGCAUGGCGGCUGUAGCAGGUCAGACCCUGGUGGUGACGAAUCUCCUACGCCUGGGUGCUGAUGUGGACUACGAAGGCUGUCCGUCCGGCUCAGCUUUGAUGGCAGCAUGCUAUUCGGGCCGUGUGGAGUCUGUCAAGAUGCUUAUCCGGAACGGAGCCGCCAUAUCGUACCUCGGAGCGAACGGAUUUCGAUCAGCUGUUGAUUGCGCCAAAAAAUACAAAGCUAUUGUGGAUUGGCUGAUGGUUAAGCGGUUCACAGAACAGAAGAAGCUCUCGUCCCAAGCAAAAGCCGGUCCAUCAGCUCACCCGGUUGGAGAAGUCCAACCCUGGAGUGGAAUUACAAAAGCAGAGUUGGUCAUCACGGGCGAUGUGGAAAGGCAGGUACACGAGUCGGCCAGGAACUAUUUCAUCCGUCUCAUGGCUGUGAAGAGGUGGUGGCGAGGAAAGGUUGUUCCUCAACACACGAUGGCGGAGACACAUCGCCCAUCACGUCUGAUCCCUGAGGAGACUGUGAGAAUCUGUCCGGGUGACUACGGAGUCUCGAACGAACAGAAGUGA